ACGUCAGCCUUUUGGACAGCAGUUUGGAGUGGGAGGAGGCAGGGGAAACAGGUAGGACUACAAAACGUCUGCUUCAGAGCUCAGCCAGCACACCUCUACUGAACAGCUCGAUCAAAAACACACUCGAUCAGGCCACCUGCAUAUACAAGGAAUCAUGGCGAAGCGUGUUGCAGUUAUUCUCUCAGGCUGUGGCGUCUAUGACGGCACAGAGAUCCACGAGGCCUCCGCUGUCCUCGUCCACCUGAGUCGUGCUGGAGCAAAAGUGCAGAUGUUUGCUCCGAAUGCAGAUCAGAUGCAUGUGGUAAAUCACUGCGAGGGGAAACCUACAGAGGAGAAAAGAAACAUCCUGCAGGAAAGUGCCCGUAUCGCCAGGGGUGAUGUGACUGAUCUGGCCAAGUUAGAUGUGUCAGCAUUUGAUGCUGCAAUCAUCCCAGGGGGUUUUGGUGUGGCUAAGAACCUGAGUGACUGGGCAGUGAAGAAUAAGGACUGCACCAUCCAGCCACAACUGGAGAAGCUCAUCAAAGCUUUCCACAAAGCUGGAAAGCCUCUGGGCAUGUGCUGCAUCUCCCCAGUCCUGGCUGCCAAAAUCCUGCCUGGCUGUGAGCUCACCGUGGGGCAGGACAAGGAGUGUGAAAACUGGCCCUAUGCUCAGACAGCAGGUACUCUGAAGGAGAUGGGCUGCAAACAUGUGAACAAGGAUGUGGAAGAAGCUCAUGUUGAUGUCAAAAACAAGCUGGUCACCACCUGUGCCUUCAUGUGCAAUGCUCCCAUUCACAAAGUUUUUGAUGGAAUAGGGGUCUUGGUUAAAGAGACAUUGAAACUGGCUUAAGAAGUUAAACUACAUCCUGCAUACUGUUUGUAUUCACUGACUUCAAAACUGGUUUUCUGUGACUUUACUAGACAAGCAGGUUUUAGAUCAAGUUGCGAUAUCUCGUAAAUUCAUCUCACUUCACUGAUGUGAUAUGAUAUAUUGUCAGUCAUAUUUUGGUGUGUUUAAUAAAAUCUGAGUUGUCGAGCAAAUUACAGCACU